AUCGCUACUUCCUCUGAUCAAGUGCAUACGGACCCCUUCGUCACUAUCGACCACUUCACUCAUAACGCAUCAACCCUUUAGCUCGAACAUCAUUCCAUUCGCCAGGCAUCAUACAACAUUCGAUUAGUCAAAAUCUCAAUAAAUUACACUGCAAUGGAACUCCAGGAUGACAGAGCGACCUCCCCACUGUCGACCAGUCCCCCAAAACCAAAAGACGCAGGAAACAAGCCCCCUGCCUCGCUGAGAUUGGCCGUAGGAAAAAAGGCUGGCGUUAUGACUGCAAUCAACAAGGGGUUUGAUGUUGCUGCGGAGACCGACAACUCAGCCCAGCCACAUGCACAAUCUGGGAUUCCUGAACCGUCUUCUGGGAAGCCUGGUUUGAUGAUGAGUGCCAUCAAGAGUCUUUCAGGUCACCACUCCUUCUUCGGCAAAUCGUCACAUAAAGGCCCGAGACGCCUAUUGCCUCCCCAAUUCCAAGACCAGACAACUGUGGGCACAAACCAGGAUUUGGCAUCGAUGUCUGACGUCGCACUCUUCCAAGUACACCUCUAUCACUGUCGACAGUCGUAUGCGUACCUCGAAGAAAUCGCGAGAAGGAGAGAUCCGCAAAAGCCUGACUGGACUGCACCGGGUGAUUGGAAAGUCUCUGGGACCGCGGCGGAAGAACCUCCUUCGACACAAACCCCUCCAAGGCUCCAGGACGUUGGUUCGCUGACUUCUGUCAAUGAAGGACUUCCAGAAGUUCGAGACGUUGGUUCACUUGCUUCUGUCGGCGAGGGGCCUUCAAGGCCUCGAGAUCUGGGUUCGCUCGCUUCUGCUGAUGAGAGCCCCUCGAGGCUUCGAGACGCGGGUUCACUCGCUUCUAUUGUUGAAGGACCACCUGCCACAAGAGCGUCUGAGCAAACCAGAAAAGAUUCUCCGACACAGAGAUUCAAAGGCAGUAUUGGAUCUGCUGGGAGAAGGUCGUUUUCCAAGGUCGUGCGAGGUACACCAGUGGCAAGCAGAAAACCAGUGACCCAAAGGAGCCGAACGAAAGUCAGGAAAACGAAAUCCAGAGUUCUGGGGGUCGCAUAUCACGGUGUACAUAUAAGCGAGGCCCAACGUCGUGCCAUACUUGCAACAGAAGUCAACCCACAUGUACGAGAGCCUGUCAUAUCCGAAGUUGUCUCUGGUCUCAACGGUGACGAUUGGCAAGAUUCCACAGACUAGGUGUCUGAACCGGAUAUCGAGUCUGCCAGGCUGCCAUCCAAAUCGAUUUCCGUUGUCAAGAUCGAAGCUUGCUGGGAGACCGGAACGAACCUACUUCACUUAGCUUUGAGAAC